UCGAUCGGAACCUCGCAAUUGGAAGGAUCCCGUGUCUCGAAUCCUAUUACACGUCAAGAGAGCCAGUGUGGGGAGUUCGAGAACCAGAUACAUGAUGGCCGGCCCAAACCGUGACUCGGUUAAUGGCGGAUCCAGGGAUUCGCCCGGGAUUUCCGUGCCCUCAGAAACCUACAGCUUCCCGCCAGAAGCCUUCGAUUGGAGCCGCCUUCCAGACGUCGACACCGAUUUCCUCCCCCCAGAACACCUCGAGGCCUUCAUUCAGGCUCUCUCUGCACCGGACCCGAUACCCCAGACCCCGGACGACUUUGCCGCUACCUCGACCUACCCCCUCAACAGCCCUGGGCCGCACCGCGAUUCCACAGCCAGUUUUGACAUUGACGCCACCAGGCGCGCCACACGCUCAAGCUUGAGCUUCCACGAUGAGGAUCGCGGGUCGCGGGAUGCCGCCAGAGCUGCCGCCGCCGCCGCUGCCGCCGUCGCCGAUGUGGCUGCUCCAGGCCCGGCAUCAUCACGGCAGCCGACCGUUGGAAACCGCCGGCCGAGCAGUAGCAGCCUGUUCAUCUCAGCACGGAAUGACUGGGCACCGGUGCACGAGAGGGUCCGCCGGGACAGGAAAGACGCGCCGCCCUCGACAAGGAAGAAGAAGAAGAAGACGAGGAGGAAGGCCCGCACCAAGGACGAGACCCGCGAGGGCUACUUCUACAACCUUCUCAAAUGGCCCCUGCUGUUCAUCGUCGGCGCCUGGCUCCUCGGCCUAUCGGUCAUGUACCUCGCCACGCGCAUGUACAUCUCGCUCUACGAGCAGCUGAUUUCCUGGCGUGGGCAGAGGGAACGUCUGCGGCGGGCGAUGCGCUCCACGACCCGAUACCAGGACUGGGCGGCGGCGGCGCAGCGAAUGGACGACUUCUUUGGGAACGGGAGGUGGAAGGAGCAAGACGAGUUUGCGUACUACGACAGCAAGACGGUGAAGAGGGUGUUGGAGGAGAUGAAGCGGUGCAGGCGGCGGGCCGAGAGGGCGCGUGACGGGGGGGAGCCAGACGAGUGCAGACAGACGACGGAGGACCUGAAGGUGCUGAUCGAGGCGUGCGUCAAGAAUAACUUUGUCGGCAUCGAGAAUCCAAGGCUGUAUAGCCAGACGUACUACGGGACCAAGAACUUGGUGCAGAACUACAUUGACGAGGUGGAACGCAGCAUCAAGUUUCUGAUCGAUACGGAUCAGCUCUCCAAGGAAGAGAAGCGUGUCAUGUUCAAGAGAAUCUGCGCAAACUAUGGCCGGACGGCACUCUGUCUGUCCGGCGGGGCCACGUUCGCCUACUAUCACUUCGGCGUCGUCAAGGCUCUGCUGGAGGAGGACUACCUCCCCGACAUCAUCACCGGUACCAGCGGCGGCGCCCUGGUGGCCGCCCUCGUAGCCACCCGCACUAACGAGGAGCUCAAGGAGCUGCUGGUGCCAGCGCUGGCGCAUCGCAUCACAGCCUGCCGCGAGCCCAUCGCCGUCUGGUUCCGCCGCUGGUGGAAGACCGGCGCGCGCUUCGACUCGGUCGACUGGGCACGCCAGUGCGCCUGGUGGACGCGCGGCUCCAUGACCUUCCGCGAGGCCUACGAGCGCACCGGGCGGAUCCUCAACGUCUCGUGCGUGCCCUCCGACCCGUACUCGCCCACCAUCCUCUGCAACUACCUCACCAGCCCGGACUGCGUCAUCUGGUCAGCCGUGCUCGCCUCGGCCGCCGUGCCGGGGAUCCUCAACCCGGUCGUGCUCAUGAUGAAGACGCGCUCCGGCCAGCUCGUGCCCUACUCGUUUGGGCACAAGUGGAAGGACGGCUCGCUGCGGACCGACAUUCCCGUCCAGGCGCUGAACCUCCACUUCAACGUCAACUUCACCAUCGUCAGCCAGGUCAACCCGCACAUCAACCUCUUCUUCUUCUCGUCGCGGGGCUCCGUCGGCCAGCCCGUCAUCCACCGCCGGGGCCGCGGCUGGCGCGGGGGCUACGUCGGCUCCGCCCUGGAGCAGUACCUCAAGCUGGACCUGACCAAGUGGCUGCGCGUGCUGCGGCAGCUCGAGCUGCUCCCGCGCCCGCUCGGCCAGGACUGGAGCAUGCUGUGGCUGCAGACGUUCGGCGGCACCGUCACCAUCUGGCCGAAGGUCGUCAUGUCGGAUUUCCCCAGGAUCCUUACCGACCCGGACCCGGCCCGGCUGGCACGCAUGAUCUACGAGGGGCAGCAGAGCGCGUUUCCCAAGAUGAAGUUUGUCGCGAACCGGCUGCGGAUCGAGAGGCUGGUGGAGAAGGGACGGAGGGAGAGCAGGCUCGGGAGCGCGGGCGCGCGCCCCGUCGUUGCUACCGCUGCUGCUGCCGGCGAGCCUGGGGCCGAGGCCGGGGCCGGCAGGGAGGUGAGGAGGCUGAGCAUGGAGAGCAUCCUGAGCGAGGACGACCUGAGGAGCCUGCUGAGGGUGCGGGAAAGGAAGAGGGAUGGCGGGGUCGGCGCGGCGACGGAGACGGAGGAGGACGAGACGACGGACUACGAGGAGGAGGGGGGCAUGGUGUUUGACGGGGACGAUGCAGAACGGCAGCUCAGGGCGGCCGCGAGGAUGAGGGAGGAGCCCAAGAUCGCGACGCCGAUGGGGCUGGCGGGCGCCGAGGUGCACUAACUCACCGAGCCGUCGAACAU